AACAAACUCAUUCAGUGUUUUUUGAAUUUCAAAAUUUACAAUUGACGGUUUUUCGAAAAAGACGAACUUCAUCGACGACAAUUGUUUCAUCCUGACAUCAACUGACUACCGACUGCCACAGACCAAAGCUUUUUCAGCAUGGAAGAUAUUCAGCGCUAUACUUGGACUGCUGUUGUCUUACCAAACCCCAACCGGCCCGGCAGCCCAAGGUUCAUACUUCGCAGGGUACUGGUACCAGCCUACUCUAGCAGCUCUUCUGCAAGCUCCUCACCUACCUCUUCCAUCUCUUCUUCCUCCUCUAGUUUUUCUCACUCAUCCUGCAGCUCCUCUCCAAGCUCCUCACCUACCUCUUCCUAUUCUUCUUCCUCAUCUGGCUUUUCUCACUCAUCCUGCAGCUCCUCUCCAAGCUCCUCACCUACCUCUUCCUAUUCUUCUUCCUCCUCUGGCUUUUCUUGCUCAUCUUGCAGCUCCUCGCCGAGCUCCUCGCCGAGCUCCUCGCCUACCUCUUCCUCCUCAUCUCGUUGCUCUUCCCCAAGCUCUCCCCCUAGCCAGCCCCUUUCAGUGCCAGAGAAUGAAAACUGGACCUGUGAGGUGUUCAAUGAUCAGAACAAGAUCAUCCUAAGAAAGGUGAAGACAACAAGCUGCACUCAGAGACCGGAGGCGCUCAGCUGUACAGCACGCCCCCCUACAACAUCUCAGACCCACACCAAGCCUGCUGUGAUCCCAACCGGCCCUAAACCCAAGUGGGUGAAGAACCUGCAGGCCAUCAUAAGGGAGAGAAACAAGCAGCGUGGCAUCAGGGGAUAUAAGAGACCUGCUCGAAAGUCGGAAUGUGACCCUCCAGGGAAGCGUUCUUACAACAAAUAAUUUAAAGUCAUUUUAAAGGACCAUGCACUGAUGCAAAUCAUUUGCUUGUCACUGAACAUGUGACUCUGGUCAGGGUGCCCGUCAGACUUGGGGAUGAUCUGGGGGGGAUAGCGUGAACCUUCAACGUGUUAUGCCCUCUUGGAGAAGCUCCUUUCUGGCAGAUGAGAAAAGGAUGCACACACCAUGUCAAGAAGGUUCAUAUGUCUGUCUGCGCCCACCCUAGACCAACAAUGGAGUCAACUGUGACCACAGGAGGACCACAGUGCAUGGGUCAAUAGUGAUUUAAGUUGAUGUGCUGUGAUGUUAUGUGUGUAAAUUUUAAGGACCAUACGCUGAUUAUGGAUUAAUUCCUUGUCACUGGACAUGUGACUCUGGUCCGGGUGCCUGUCAGACUUGGGGAUGAUCUGGGGGGGAUAGCGUGAACCUUCAACGUGUUAUGCCCUCCCGGAGAAGCUCCUUUCUGGCAGAUGAGAAAAGGAUGCACACACCAUGUCAAGAAGGUUCAUAUGUCUGUCUGCGCCCACCCUAGACCAACAAUGGAGUCAACUGUGACCACAGGAGGACCACAGUGCAUGGGUCAAUAGUGAUUUAAGUUGAUGUGCUGUGCUGUGCUGUGCUGUGAUAUGCUGUGAUAUGCUGUGAUAUGCUGUGCUGUGCUGUGCUGUGCUGUGCUGUGCUCUGCUGUGCUGUUAUAUGCUGUGAUAUGCUGUGCUGUGAU